GUGAACGUCCCAAAAACCCGUCGAACCUACUGCAAGAAAUGUGGCAAGCACCAGCCGCACAAAGUCACGCAGUACAAGAAGGGCAAGGACUCCCUCUACGCCCAGGGAAAAAGACGCUACGAUAGGAAGCAAAGUGGCUAUGGAGGCCAGACAAAGCCCAUCUUCCGUAAGAAGGCGAAGACCACAAAGAAGAUUGUGCUGAGGCUGGAGUGCGUGGAGCCCAACUGCAGGUCCAAGAGGAUGCUGGCAAUUAAGAGGUGCAAGCACUUUGAACUGGGAGGAGACAAGAAGAGAAAGGGCCAGGUGAUCCAGUUCUAAGCUCCAUCCUACUCUUGUUAUGGACCAUAUUAAAGUAUUUGGAAAUGAUC